AUGCAGUUUUCGAAAGACCUCACUGAGACAGAAUACAAAGUUCACCUGGUGAAGAUAGAUAGAUAUUCUACAAACAAAGAGUACCUAAGAUCUGUGGCGUUGUAUAAAUCAGAGUAUAUCUCCUAUGGGACAUUUGACGCGGCUGGAUAUGACUGGGAAGUACGUUACCAUCCAUUUCAUCCUGAUUUGAGCAAAGAGUGGAUAGCAUUCCGGCUUGGGCUGCGUAGCAAAGUGUGUGAGAAUGGGGUGAAGGCGACUCUUCGAUGUCAGUUAGUUGAUGUGACCGGAAUUCUCCCACCAUUUGGAGAUCAGCGUGCCACCUACAGAUACACGAAGCAAGAGGAAUUAGGACCACCAAUUUUGCUUCUAACACAUGAGGAACUACUAAAAUUGGGUUAUCUAAAAAAUGAUUCCUUGGCUGUGGAAUGCGCAAUCAGUGUUUGGAGAAGCCCGCGGGGAGCAGGAGCUAAUGUUCACCCCAGUGCUGGAUUGCCGUCCACCGAUUUGCACCAACAGCUUGGUGAACUACAGCAAAGCCAUAAGGGGGCUGACAUCACACUCUUUGUUUCAGGUGAAUCUUUCAUGGCACACAAGAUCAUACUCGCCGCUAGAUCUCCCAUCUUCAUGGCUGAAUUCUUUGGGCCGCCCAUGAAAGAGAGCAGCUCGGGUGUCGUCGAUAUCAAGGGCAUCGAACCAGCAGCCUUCAAGGCUAUGCUCCAUUUCAUCUACACCGACACAUGCCCCGAGCUCGCUCAACAGCACGGCAGCGACAUUGGGCGUCAAGAGUCGAUGGCCAUUGCACAACAUCUUCUUUCAGCUGCUGAUAGGUUUGGACUGGACAGGCUUAAGCUCAUGUGUGAAGACAAGCUUUGCAGUGGCAUCAACGUGGGCAUGGUUGCCACGAAUUUGGCUCUCGCGGAGCAGCACAGCUGCUGCAGGCUAAAGACCAGAUGCAUCAAAUUCAUUGUUGAUUCUCCUGCAAAUCUUGAGGCUGUUUUGGCAACCGAGGGUUACAAGCACCUCGUGGCAAACUGCCAAUUUCCCAUGACUGAACUUCUCAGGUCUGCCGUUGAGAAGAGGUAG